AUGUUGGCGCUGGUUGGACUGGUGACGCCACUCAGGCCGCAUGGGAUCGGAACCCGCUCCACCAGCAACAGCGAGCAGCAAGUGACAACCGCCGACAGACAGUGCGUGCGAGGCAGUGCUGAGGGUGGUCGAUCGAAGGCGAGGCACGCGCAGGACUCGAGAGGGAACGCGGACGUAACGACGAUGAACAGGGAGCAGGCUGGCACUGCUGGCGAGGACCGCACGGGCGGCUCGCGUCGUUCGGAGAUGCCGUGGGAGGACAGUGGGCUCACCCGCGUGCUGCGGGGGGCGCCCUUGCUCGUGUUGCUGGACAAGCUGCCGGACAAGGACAAGGCGAGCCUCACGGCGACGUGCUGGGGCGCGCUCGAGACGAUGCUGCGGGACACUCGGGCGGUGCUCAAGGUGCACCCGGACGACCCUGUGUUGGCCGGUUUGGCGCGGCGGGUGAGGGAUGGGCCGUGCUGCGGGUCGGUGACGCUGUGCGGCAUCCAGAUGCCGGCCACGGACGCGGGCGCGCUGCUGGGCGCGACGCAGCGCCUCGGCAUCGAGCUGCCUCCGAGCGUCGCAGAGCCCUUUCCGGAGACUGAGGGCACUUUCGACGUCCACGACUACGCGCCCAACAGAGAGAAGAAGCGUGCGUGUAUCGACCUGAUGAGGGCGCUGUCGAGGGAGCCCAUCGGGGUGCACGUCACGGGGCUGACUGUGCCCACGCUGUGGAACGGACCGACGGUGGCAGCGGAUGCGACGGCGGUGGCGGAGAUCCUGCAGACGCGGACGAUUAAAGAUAACCUGCGGUCCCUGAAGCUGGCGGUGGGGAAGAAGGACAGCUUCGGGCGGAACUCGGCUCUACCCGAUGUUGUCGUCGGCAUGCUGCAUGGCGCCCUGCGCGGUCUCUCGGCGCUGCAGCACCUGGAGCUGUUCAACACACCGCCCGCCUGGGCAUGCUCGAUCGGCCAGUACAGCGACCUGACGACGCUCGCCCUGCGGGAGCCUUUGCAAGCACUGGUGUUUGACCCGGCCGAGUGCGAGGCGUUCUUGGACGAUCUGGAGCGUGCCAAGAACCUGCGCACCCUCGAUCUGGCGCUCAGGCUCCCUGACGGCGCAGAAAUGCGCCCGCGCGCUGUGCCACGGGGGCUCGAGGUGCUGCGCAUGACGUACGAGCACCCUCUGCGUUGGUGGGAGGCCACGGGCCUGCGCUCGGUGGAGCUGACGCUGUCGCAGAUGCGCACCACACCACAGGACGACGCCGCCAACUGGUUGCUGCUCGCGGAGCUGAUCGACCGCAGCAAGGGGCUGCGGCGGCUGGCGAUCGAAUUCGCUACCAUCCCCGGCGUGCAACCCGUGCUCGCGGUGAUGUCGGCCCUGGAGCGGAGUGCGGUGGAGGAUCUCGUGUACGCUUGUGCGCGUUACACGGUCGGGGGGGUUUCCGAGGAUCUGACGGCCGGGUUCGUGUCCCUGGUGCACAACGCCGCCGCGCUGCGUGCGCUGGAGCUGGUGGGGGCGCCCUCCAACGAGUUGUUCGGCUUCGACCUAGCAGUGGUCGUGACGGCCCUGCAGGGCAGCAAGACGCUGCGCAAGCUGCGCCUCGACUGGGACCACGGCCCGAACGAUGCGGAUCAAGGCACGGAGGAAAUCGGCGCAGCGCUGCGUGGCCUGCUCGGCCGCAACACGUCGCUGGUCGAGCUGCACCUGUCCUCGCUCGCGUGGACGCCGGAAGGCUUCCGCGAGCUCCUCGGCGGCCUGGGCGCGAACAGGACGCUUCAGGUGCUGCGGAUUUGCUGCGAGUAUCUCUCGUCGUUGGAGGACGGAGACGUUUGCGAGCUAGUGGACGCGCUGUACGGCGAAGGCCGUCACGAAGGCCGCCAGCUGCACACGCUCGAGGUUUCUACGCCGUGCGCCACGGACUACAGCGUCCGUGCGUGCAUCGCACCUGUGCUGGCAGACGAGCGGUCGUGCAAGCUGCGGAGGCUGGGUCUCGAUCUGAUCAAGGCGAAAGACGAUGGGAUGGAAGCGAUCGCGCGGGCGCUGCGGCAUAACCGCUGGCUUGAGUCGCUGACGCUUUGCGUGGACUCUGAUUACGUCACCCCGGGUGGGCCUGGGUGGCUCAGCUUGACGGGAUCGCUGGCGGACAACACGACGCUGCGACACCUGGAGAUCAAGACUUCCAACCUCGACGCGUGCCGCAUCCGGCUGGUCGGGAAGGUGUUGCACGCGCAGCAGUUCGCGCUCGCACAGCGGUAA